ACAAACGCUGGGUGUCGUAACCCCCCUCCCCUCACCGUGUUACCGCGUACCGGUGGUGCAAUACACCAGAUUGCGCCUUCGUGCCACGAGCGGCCUAGGAGGGUUUCAAACAUUGACUUUUGUCAUAAAGCGCUGCUUCAGCUGCUGGACGGGACAUUUGCAGUUCUUGCUCUCUCAUCAACGCAAAGUAAAAGCUCAUAAUCCUCCUCUUGUGUGGAGUUCGCGAUCCUAUCCACAUUUACCCGCCCAAUUCUCGUCAUCCACAAAUCGACGUCAUUGUCAUGGCUGACCCAACUGUCAUCGUUUUGCCCGGCGCGGCUGAUGGCUCCCAUCACACUGAUCAAGAAAGAUCGCAGAUUGCAUUGAAGAUCCAGAAUGCCUUGAGUGAAGGACAGUCGCCAAGAUCGGCACAAGAUGGCCCAUUGCGGCAAGUUCUAGCUCAACAAGAUAGCUUCUACAAGUAUAUCAAUUGGGAAGACCCUCUUCGUACACUCGGCGUGUACAUCGGCGCCUUGAGCGUUUUGUUCGGGGCACACUACUUGCCUCUCACUCAAUUGGCAUUGAAGGCCGCAGUAACGACUCUCGGAGUUGUCUCGGCUGCCGAAUAUGCCAGCCGGUCAUUCGGUUCCGACUCCUUAUCCACCCGUCUGCGACCGAGGCAGUACAGAAGACUGCCAGAGUCCGCCCUCAAUAACACUCUUAGAGAUGUUCACGACUUGAUUCAAUAUGCAGUGGUAGAAGCUCAGCGGGUUAUCUACGGCGAAGACCUGGGCAAGACAUUUGGCGCUUUUGUCGGCUUUGCAUCUUUGUAUGCGCUCAUCAAAGUCCUUUCUCCGUUUUGGCUAGCCGUGGUUGGAGUGACUGCCAUCUUCGUCGCUCCUCUCGCUGCCUCGCCUCAGGGACGAAAGGUUGCCCAAGACGCGUCUAUACAGGCUCAAAACGCGGCCAACGUGACCGCUCAAAAGAGCGCAGAGCUUGCUCGCGAUGGACAAGCAAAGGCGGCUGAACUGUCCUCCAAGGCCCAACAAGCGACUUCUGAUGCCAGCACAACUCUCGGCAACGCUGCUCGAAGUGGUCAACAGACGGCGUCCGAUGUGACCAGCACAGCUACCGAACAGGCUAGGAACUUGCCGCAGUCAGCCACACAUGCUCUCAACAAGGCCCCUGGCUCCCUUACAUCGAUCUUGGGAGACGAAAACCACAGCGCUAAUGGUUUGUCGGCAAGCAACAACAACAACAACCGCCCCGCAGAUGAGCGCUCUCGUCAGCAGCCUUCUGGAUACGUUACUAGCACUGGAACAGAUGGACUAUCUCGUUCGUCAAUCAACGAGACUGAGAUCCCGAGACGUGCGCCCUUGGAUCUUGAGGAUCAGCUGUCUGCCGAGCAAUCUAGUCUUCCCACGCUUCCCAGAUCUCUGCCUGUCAAGUCUGACAUCGAAAAUUUGGGGAGUGGAACGGCUACGAUUCUCAGAUAGAUGACUGCAUCAGGUCAAUUCUCGGUCAUGAUUGGAAGAAGAGAGGAAUGGUCUUAGUUAGUUUCACGAAGAUCGAUUAUAAAAUAGAAGCUUAAUGUUUACC